AUGGCUACUCCUAACACAAACGAUCCAUUAGGACAUGGUCUAAUCGAACAGCGUCUUGAUCAAAUCCCACCACUUCUUCUUGGUAUGUUGGAAGAUAAACUUCCUGCAUUCUCUUCUUCAAUCAUAGAUGCUCAAUCAUUCAUUGUAACUGGUAUUGGCAGUUCAGAAGCACACGCUCGUUAUUUAACUCUUCUUAUAAAUCUUUAUACUGAUCGUCAGGCAUUAUUUAUCGGUUUUACAGGUUUCAUACGAUUGACGACCCGAUUUCGUUCGAAUCAAAUUCUAAUCUUAUUUAGUCAAGGUUUAUCACCCAAUGCUCAAAUGAUAAUCAAAUAUGGACAAGAAUAUUUCUCACAUAUUCUUUUGUUUACUUCAAUGAACGACGAGCAAAUGAGAAAAAAAUGUCCAUGGAUUGAGAAAGAGAAAAUUGAAACUAUUCAAUUUCCACUCAAUGAUGAAUACACGACUCUGAUUCGCGUUAUUGGUCCGAUAUGUGGUUUUCUUGCUGCUAUUCUCUUCGUUCAACGUUUCACAAACAACCAUCUUAUCGAAAAAGAUAGUUUGCAAACGAUUCUGAUCAGAAAUCCAUCAUCAUCAUCAUCAUUGUUACCAGACUAUUUGAUUCUUCGACAAGCCAUGAUCGAAGAUGACAAUCAACAAUUUUCACGAGGUCCAUUUCAUUUAAUUCUUUCUUCGCCUUUGAUUGAUGUGUGUCAAAAUCUUCUCUAUAAAUUUGUCGAAGGUCUCUAUUGGUCAUCACCAACUGUCCACGAUUAUCUUCAAUUUGCACAUGGUCCCUUUCAACAAUUACGAUCAUUGACUAAUCGUUCAACAGCUAUUGUUUGCAUUGUCGAUUCAUCGAAUCCACUUGAUGUUGAACUUGAACAUCGUUUGCGACAAAUGAUCGAUGCAUGUAAUAAACAACAACAAUUAGUUCAUGUUUAUACAUUGUAUUUGUCAUCACCAUCGAUUAUAUAUUCAAUAUUCGAGCUUGAAAUGAAAUUUAAUCGAUUAAUCUUUGAAAUAAUGUGUAAACGUCAAUGUCAACAGAUUGAUUGGCCAGGCAAAGGACAAGAUCAACCUUUGUAUGCUUUUUCGGGUUAA